AUGAGGCAUGGCUCUCAGCAACAAGUAGUUGUAGCUGGCGCCGUUGCAGGAUUGGUGUCGCGCUUCGUAAUAGCCCCUCUCGACGUCAUAAAAAUCCGCCUGCAACUGCAAAUCCACUCGCUCUCCGAUCCGCUCAGCGUGAGCAAGGUCAAUGGCCCCGUGUACAAAGGCACCUUGGGCACCCUCAAGCAGAUCCUGCGAGAGGAGGGCAUCACCGGUCUAUGGAAGGGCAACAUACCCGCCGAGUUGAUGUACUUGACCUACGGUAGUGCUCAAUUCUCUGCAUACACAUAUGUCUCGCAUCUUCUCGAGACCAUCCCCCCGCCAUACACUCUCCCUGGCUCUGCAACAUCCUUCAUCAGCGGCGCGGCAGCAGGUGCAGCAGCAACAACUGCAACAUACCCUCUGGACCUUUUGCGCACCCGUUUCGCGGCACAGGGGACUGAUCGCGUAUACCCCUCCAUUCUGGCCUCUGUGAAGCAAAUUGCGCAACACGAAGGACCAUACGGUUUCUUCCGCGGCCUCGGAGCUGGGGUAAGCCAGAUCGUCCCCUACAUGGGACUCUUCUUCUCCAGCUAUGAGAGUCUAAAGCCCAUCAUGGCCAACUGUCCGCUGCCACUGCCGCUCGGGAGCUCGGAUGCUGUGGCUGGUGUCGUUGCCAGUGUCUUGUCCAAGACGGCGGUUUACCCGCUUGACACUACAAGGAAGCGUCUACAGGUCCAGGGCCCGACGCGCGAACGCUAUGUGCAUAGGAAUAUCCCCAUGUACACUGGUGUGUUGAGUACCAUUUCCCAUAUCUGGAAGCACGAGGGGAGAAGAGGCUUGUACCGUGGGUUGACAGUCAGCCUGCUCAAGGCCGCACCGGCCAGCGCAGUCACAAUGUGGACGUAUGAGCGAGCCAUGGGUGUCAUGUUAGCCUGGGAAGAGAAGAUUCAGGCAGAAUAA